CCAAGCUCUACUCUUCAACACCAACAGUUGGUUUCCCUGAGUGCCUCAAACAGUGUGGAGAGUCUAAGGGAAGCAACAUGAAGUACCCAACUCUUCUGGUCUUAUUUCUUUUUUCUCAUGCUGUAUCAGGGGCAGUGUUCCUGAGGAGAGACGAUGCUAGCUCUGUGCUAAAGCGCUUCAGACGCGCCAACUCGGGCUUCCUGGAGGAGGUAAAGGCGGGAAACCUGGAGCGCGAGUGCAUCGAGGAGAUCUGUGACUACGAGGAAGCGCGCGAGGUGUUCGAGGACGACACCAAAACGAGGGAAUUUUGGAUAUCAUAUCAUGCUCGUGAGCCAUGCUUGACAAAUCCAUGCAAAAACAAUGGGACUUGUAUCUAUCUGGGACACUCCUACGUCUGCCAGUGCCCCGACGGCUUUGAGGGCAAAUAUUGUCAAGAAGCAUUUCAGGAUACUCUGAAGUGCCUGUAUCUGAAUGGUGGAUGUGAGCACUUCUGUGAUGGUUCAGGUCGCAGGAGAAAGUGUGCAUGUGCCCCAGGUUAUGCCCUCGGAGUGGACAGGAAGUCCUGCAUUGCUCAAGUUCAGUUUCCAUGUGGUAAAGCUCCACUCCAGAGAACACAGACUGUUUUGCCACGAGCUGUCGGUGGAAAUCAGUGCCAGAAAGGCCACUGCCCUUGGCAGGUUCUCCUGAAAUAUUUCGGAGACAGUCACUGCGGAGGAGUUUUAGUGGACGCUAACUGGAUCCUAACAGCUGCUCACUGCAUCGAUAAUAUAAAUAUUCAUUAUCUACAGGUCAUAGCAGGGGACCAUAAUAUCGACGUGGUGGAAGGCACAGAGCAAACCUUUUCUGUAUCACAUGUAAUUACCCACGAGAGCUAUGAUACAGCACCAGAGGACAGCGACUUGGCUCUCGUGCGGCUGAGUGAGCCCGCUACGUUUACGAACUACACCAUUCCUAUCUGUCUGCCAACGUUAGAGUUCGCCAAAAUGGAACUGGACGCCAUUCGCUUCCACAUCAUUAGCGGAUGGGGCCGGCGCACCGAAGGAGGCAACAUUUUUACCACUCAGGUCUCUAAACCCAAGUCCCCAGUCCUCCGUAUGCUCGCUGUGCCCUUCCUGAAUGAUGCAGAAUGCUCUGUUAAGAGCGGAGUUAAUAUCACUGAUAACAUGUUCUGCGCCGGUUACUUCGAUGGCAGCCAGCAGUCUUGUCGAGGAGACGAUGGCAGUCCCCUAAUAACCCAGUACAAGGAUACGCAUUUCCUGACUGGGAUAGCGUCAUGGGGUAAAGGAUGUGAGCAUCCAGGCUUCUACGCCAUAUACACCAAGGUUGCUAACUUCCUGGAUUGGAUUCAGAAAGGCAUGGCUGCUCCAAUCCCCCAACCAGAUACCUUCAAUGCUUCAGAUAUCAACGAAGCUACGAAAACCUUCAAUGCAACACUUAUCGUCUAAGCUUCAGAUACCUUCAAUCAUAGCAGCACCUCCUGCUUAACGGCGGUUCAUCCAGAACUGAGAUCAACUUGUUUAGACCAGAGUAUAUCUAAUCAGUUGCUUUCAUAUCUCAUUUUAUGAAAUAAAGAUAUUAAAUUCAGCAUCAGUAUUCCAGAUUCCAGGAUUUUGUGUCUUUCUUGUCUCAUCAGUCACUGAGUG